GUCACUGGCCACUGCAGCUGCUCAUCUUUUCCUCUUUCUCCUUCUCGUCUUUCCAGAGAAUCCAAGUCUUUUUGUUCUCUCGGAAGAUUGAAAGGGCCGGGGAUUGAAGAGAUAGCGCGAUUCGUCUCUCAGGGAAGUCUUUGAGAUCUCCGAGCUCGUAGACGACCUCUGAAUCGAGUAAGGUCUCUUGCAUCACAUCAAGACAUGGAGUCUUCUGUGGCACUUUACAACCAACUCAAGGCUGCAGAGCCAUUUUUCUUAUUAGCGGGCCCUAAUGUAAUUGAAUCUGAGGAGCAUAUACUCUACAUGGCCAAACAUAUAAAAGAUGUCACAUCUAAGCUUGGUGUACCGCUGGUUUUCAAGUCCAGCUUUGACAAAGCUAAUCGCACUUCUUCAAAAUCAUUUCGUGGCCCAGGGUUGGAAGAAGGCUUGAAGAUCCUUGAGAAGGUGAAACUAACAUAUGAUCUCCCAAUUGUAACUGAUGUGCAUGAGAGUAGCCAGUGUGAAGCUGUUGGAAGAGUUGCUGAUAUUAUCCAAAUACCUGCUUUCCUUUGCCGCCAGACAGACCUUCUAGUUGCAGCUGCCAAGACUGGGAAAAUAAUCAACAUUAAGAAAGGCCAAUUUUGUGCUCCUUCUGUUAUGUCAAAUUCUGCAGAGAAGGUUAGACUUGCUGGAAACCAAAAUGUUAUGGUUUGUGAACGAGGCACCAUGUUUGGCUACAAUGAUUUAAUUGUUGAUCCACGCAAUCUGGAGUGGAUGAGGGAAGCAAAUUGCCCUGUUGUUGCAGAUAUUACACAUUCACUACAACAACCUGCUGGGAAAAAGCUGGAAGGUGGAGGUGUCGCAAGUGGGGGUCUGCGUGAACUGAUACCAUGUAUUGCAAGGACAGCAGUUGCAGUUGGAGUGGAUGGAAUAUUCAUGGAGGUGCAUGACAAUCCCCUAAAAGCGCCCGUCGAUGGCCCAACACAAUGGCCUUUGCGCCACCUGGAAGAGCUACUAGAAGAGCUCAUAGCAAUAGCGAGCGUCAGCAAGGGGAAAAAGCCAUUCAAGAUCGAUCUCACACCCUAUCAAGAUUAAUCUGAAUCUACCAGGAUGAAAGCACUGCAAGUUGUAUUGCAGUUUAUCCACUAUUCAUGCAUUAGAGAUGUAUCUCUAGAAUCCAAUAAAUUUUCAUCUUCCCUUUUUUCCCUUUGCGGUAUGACAGGAUGAUACUAUGAUAUUACAUGUCAGGCCAUAUGCAUUUGUUGUCAAAUUUAUGUUGUUCAAGCUGGUACUUGCAGCUCACUUUGGCAUCAUAUUUGUUUUUCUGAUUGUCUUA